AAAAUGGAUGAAGCCAAUCAGACAGUUGUGUCAGAAUUUAUACUCUGGGGACUUUCCAACUCAAAGAGUAUUCAGCUCUUCCUCUUUGUGAUAUUGUUGAUGCUUUAUCUUCUCAUCAUGUCUGGAAAUAUUGUCAUCCUGAUCUUAAUAACUACCGAUCCACAUCUUCUUUCCCCAAUGUACUUCUUGUUGGCCAAUCUGUCCUUUGUUGAUAUGUGGCUUUCCUCAGUCACCACUCCUAAGAUGAUCACAGACUUUCUUAGGGAAAACAAGACCAUUUCCUUUGCAGGAUGCAUGUCCCAGGUCUUCUUUGCCCAUUGCAUUGCUGCAGGAGAGAUGGUGCUGUUGGUGGUAAUGGCUUAUGAUCGCUAUGUGGCCAUCUGCAAACCCCUCCACUACUUCACCAUCAUGAACUUGAAGCGAUGCACUGGGUUGGUGUUGACUUCCUGGACAAUUGGCUUUACUCAUGGUAUAAGUCACUUAUUAGUGGUUGUACAGCUACCUUACUGUGGUCCCAGGGAAAUAGACAGUUUCUUCUGUGACAUGCCACUGGUAAUCAAACUAGCCUGCAUGGAUUCCCAUGAUUUAAAUACUUUAAUGAAUGUUGAAUGUGGGGUUGUGGCUGUAACAUGCUUUAUACUGUUGCUUAUUUCCUACACAAAUAUCCUUAUCACUGUUUGCCAAAGCACAAAAGCUGGGGUAUUGAAGGCCUUGUCUACAUGUGCUGCACACAUCACAGUGGUAAUGAUUUUCUUUUUGCCCUGCAUCUUCAUCUAUGUGUGGCCCCUCAGUAUCACCUGGUUAGACAAAUUUUUUGCUGUGUUUUAUUCUGUUUUUACACCUCUCCUAAACCCAACCAUUUAUACACUGAAAAAUAAAAAGAUUAAAAAUGCUAUGAAAAGGUUCAUAGGCAAAUAUCUGGGUCUCAACAUAAAUUCAUAA